UUCAGUGUAGGCUUAGAGAACAGGCUUAGAGGGUCAGAAACUCACGUAAGACACUAGGAAAGACGAGUCACUACUCAAAGUUCAGACCACCGCAGUGGAUCAGCUUUGCAGAGCCCAAAUAUCCACACUGACUGACCUUAAAGGUGGCUCUUCCCUCUCCUGCCUGUUUAUGGAUGUAAUCAUGUGGCGGAUAGCUGAUCAGCUUCCCUGGAUUUCGCUGACAACCCCACUUUGUUUUGCCUGAAAAUGGAAACAUUGGAGUCGGAGCUGACCUGCCCAAUCUGUCUGGAGCUCUUCGAGGACCCGCUGCUCUUGCCCUGCGCUCAUAGCCUUUGUUUCAACUGUGCCCAUCGCAUCCUAGUCUCUCACUGCACCCCCAGCGAGCCAAUUCAGUCUAUCAGCGCCUUUCAGUGCCCAACCUGUCGCUAUGUCAUCACCCUCAACCAGAGGGGCCUAGAGGGACUCAAACGUAACGUAACUCUGCAGAACAUCAUCGACCGCUACCAGAAGGCUUCUCUAAGUGGACCUAAUUCUCCUAACGAGACUCGGCGUGAGCGAACCAUCCCCAACAGCAAAGCCAUGACAUCUCCCAGCGACAGGGUGCAGUGUCAGUUCUGUGAGCAGGACCCUCCACAGGAUGCUGUGAAGACCUGCGUGACCUGUGAGGUGUCAUACUGUGAAGAGUGUCUCAAAGCCACCCACCCAAACAAGAAGCCUUUCACGGGCCACCGUCUAAUCGAGCCCUUGCUGGAUUCCCAUCUGCGUGGGCUCAUGUGUCUGGAACAUGAGGAUGAGAAGGUCAACAUGUACUGUGUGACAGAUGAACAGUUGAUCUGUGCCUUGUGCAAGCUGGUUGGCCGACACCGGGACCACCAGGUAGCAGCCCUCAGUGACCGAUAUGAGAAACUCAAGAAAUCUCCUGGCCGCUUUCUCUGUGUGGGGCGUGAUCAUUCACACCAGGAGGCAGACCAGACAUUUGGAUACUGGAUGAAUCCGAAGCAAGCCUUGGAUUCCAACCUCAGCAGUCUACUCAAGAGGACCAGUGAGUUGGAAACUCUGAUGGGCAAACUUAUCCAAACCUGCCAACACGUGGAGGUAAAUGCAUCAAGACAAGAAAACAAGCUGGUUGAGGAGUGUGACCUGCUGAUUAAUAUCAUACAGCAGCGAAGACAAAUCAUAGCUACCAAGAUAAAGGAGGGAAAGGCUGUGCGACUGAGGAAACUAGCCCAGCAGAUAGCCAGUUGCAAGCAGUGCAUUGAGAGAUCCUCCUCCCUCAUCACUCAGGCCGACCAAACCCUCAAGGAGACAGACCACACUCGCUUCCUUCAGACGGCUAAAAGUAUCUGCGAGAGAGUCUCUAUGGCAACGGCGUCCUCUCAAAUCCUGUUACCCGAAAUAAACUUAAAUGACACCUUUGAUACUUUUGCUUUGGACUUCACAAGGGAGAAGAAAAUGCUAGAAAGUUUGGAUUACCUUACAGCACCAAAUCCACCGGUAAUCCGUGAGGAAUUGUGCACAGCUUCAUAUGACACAAUCACAGUUCACUGGACAUCUGACGAUGAGUUCUCUGUUGUAUCGUAUGAACUUCAGUACGCCAUCUUCACCAGCCAGUCUAAUGUUGUCAGUUUGUGUAACUCUGCUGAUAGCUGGAUGAUAGUACCAAACAUCAAGCAAAACCACUACACUGUGCAUGGGCUCCAGUGUGGCACCAAGUACAUUUUCAUAGUGAAAGCCAUAAACCAGGCUGGGAACCGGAGCAGUGAACCAGGGAAACUCAAGACCAACAGUCAGCCAUUCAAAUUGGACCCAAAGUCUGCUCACCGGAAACUGAGGUUGUCCCAUGACAACCUGACUGUGGAGAGGGACGAGACAUCGUCCAAGAAGAGCCACAGUCAGGACCGCUUCUCCAGCCACAGCAGCUACGGUGUCACAGGAAAUGUCUAUAUUGACAGUGGCCGCCAUUACUGGGAGGCUCUGAUAGGAGGAAGCACAUGGUUUGCAGUGGGCAUCGCCUACAAGUCAGCACCAAAACACGAGUGGGUCGGCAAGAACUCAGCCUCCUGGGUACUGUCUCGCUGUAACAACUCGUGGGUAGUGCGUCACAACAGUAAGGAGAUGCCCAUCGAGCCAUCGCCCCACCUGAGGCGUCUCGGAGUAUUGUUGGACUAUGAUUCUGGAUCUCUGUCUUUCUACGACGCCGUCGGCUCUCAGCACUUGCAUACGUUCGACGUCACCUUUGCACAGCCAGUCUGCCCUGUGUUUAAUGUGUGGAACAGAUGUGUAACAAUCCUCACUGGACUUCCCAUCCCAGAUCACUUAGAGGGGACAGACUACAGCAACUGACAAAACCUGUCCUGCUGGAUUUUCUUUGUGUAUCCAAAAAGAGACCAGAAUGCCUGCACCUGCACCUCUUUGACUGUGCCCCCCAUACUGUUGGCAAAAUUUAAAAAAAACAAACAAGAUGCAAUUAAAGGUCAAAGGUGGACAUUCCCAAUCACGCCUUUGUUGAAAUUAACUGAUAUUUUUGGACGUAUUUAAGAAAUGAUUUUUGCAUUUGUAGAUGUAUUAAUUUGCUUUGCACAUUUAUGUACUGUACAUUACUCUGCUGGAUCAUUUUAAAGGUUUGCUUACAGUUUAAAAGUUGUGGAGAUGUUUUUGAAUAGGUUACAGGUUCUUUUUUUAAUUUCUAAAUUCGUAUUAUAUGUUUUUACAUUCAUGUGUUGUUAAAGGUAAUGAUAAACCUUCAUGUGCAAGCAACAGGGGACUAAGUCUUUGAUCCUAAUGUUUCUGGAAAGUUGUGUGAUAGGAUAUUUUCUAAUGUUUUUGAACAAUUUUUUAGCACUUUGAGAAGACGAAGCCUGCCACUAUAAAAAUGUAUUUCUAAGCCACUUGUACCAUAAAAUGUUUCCCUUUCUUCUUUUUGUAUUGAAAAAGCACCCGAUGAAAUAGAUCACAAUUACAUGAUAUACUACAAUCGCUCUUAGAAAUGUCAAUUUAAAAUCAGUCUUAGCAAGUUUUUCCAGUAUUUAUCUGUAAAUGCUCGAUAACAGUCCAGCAUUAUGAGAUGAUUUAUCUCCUCAUGGUAGCUUCAUACUGGUUUGAAUAAAAAAAAGAGUACAGUUCAUCAUCAACCGCUUCAUCACAGUUUUCACAUUUAAGUUUCUCUGUGACAAGAUGUAAUAAAAGUGACUUCAUUUGAUAAUCA